AUGGCGGCAGCGCGAGCCUCCUCCCCUCGUUCCUCCUCCAAUAUCCCCCCCGGCCCUUCCCCCGGCUGCCGCGGACCCGCCUCAUGGAUCUCCGCCAACCCCUCGCGCCCGCGCCGCGUGCAUACAGGAUCAACUUUCGGCAACAGCAGCAGCACUGGCAGCAUUGAUGCCGCGUUUGGCGGUUCCCCCACCAGAAGCGGCAGCGGGUUUCCGCAGCCGCGCUCCCCCUCCGCGGUCGGACUUGCGCGGAGCGUCACUUCCCCCAGCAGCGGGCGCGCGUUCUUUGCGCUUAUCUUCGUAGCGGUUGCGCUUGUUAUGGUGUAUAUGGCGGCUCUCCCCACCGUUAAUAGCGGCGGUUGGGCCGCCGACGGCGCCGCAAGGUCCGCCGUGAGACCCGGCGGGGUUGACGGGGACGCGCUAGGCGAGAUGGUUCGGCGGGAGGAUCUAGAAUGGGGGGCCGCGGAAGGAGCGGACGUUGGCGGGGGAGUAGGCGCAGGUAGCGGCGGAGAACCAGCCGCGGAAGGGCGCGCGGGAAGCAGCAGCAGGUGGGGGGUUUUCUCCUGGGGCGGAGGGGGGAAAAGCGCAGGCGCGGAGACAGGGACGGGGACGGGCGCCGAAGCCAGGAGCGCGGAGGCAGAAUGGGCGGCGCAGCAGGCGGCGUUCAAGCAAUCCGCGGAGAGGCUAGCCGCGGACAGCGCGUGGGACGGCGGCGAGUGGUCGAGCUCCGCGUCCGCGCGCGGAGCCUCCCAGUUCCGCUCCGCCGCCGCUGCGGGCGCCGCGCUAGACGCGUCCCUGCAACGCCCGCUCGCCCUCACCUUCUUCUCCGCCCCAAAACCCCAACCCGAAGAGCUAACCUCCGGAAGCCUACAGCAGCAAGCGGUCCUCUCCUGGCUUAGGCUAGAAUCGCCGACGGUAACAGUUAACGUGGUGCUCUUCGGUGAUCCGUCUGACGCGGUUCUGACGUCGUUUGCGGCGCAGUUCCCCGAGGGGCGCGUGUGGGUGGAGCAGGUGGAUGGGAACUUCAUGGGCACACCCAUGUUCCAAUCCAUGGUGGCCCGCGGGUUAGUUGAAGGCCCGGGCUUGGGCCGCCGGUUUGAUGAUGGGCGCGGGGCGGGCGGGAGGGGGAGCGGGGGGCGCGCGGGAGGGGGAAGCGGCGCGGGAGGGGGGGCGGGGGAUGGUGGGGUGAUGAGCGUGUCUGUGCUGAUUAACGCGGAUAUUAUUCUGCUCAAGGAUUUCCCUCUGGCGCUGCGCAAGGCGGCGGCGCGCUUCCCGUACUUCCUCCUCACUGCCAUGCGCUGGGACGUCUCCUCCACCCCCUUCACCUUCCACAAACCCUCCUCCUCCGCUUCUGCUUCCUCCUCUGCUUCCUUCUCACAAACGGCAGACAGGGCGCAAGGGGAGGGCGGAGAGGAGGGCGCAGGGCCGGCGGGGGGGGAAGGAGGGGGGGAGGAGGAGGACGGGGGGGGCGCGGGGUGGGUGCCGAGGCUGACGCGGGCGGACGGGCGGAGGGUGAGUGAUGCGGAGGUGGUGGCGUGGGCGAGGGAGGAGGGAGUGCUGCACACGUAUGGCGGGCUGGACCUGUGGGCGUGGAACAACCCGCCCCUGCAGAUUGGACUCACCACCAAGCCCAUCCCACCGUUCACUUUUGGUCGCGGCAGGUACGACAACUGGCUGUUGAGCGAGGCAGUGUCAUCCGGAGUGCGGCCGGUGAUCGACGCCAGUGACGCACUCACGUCUAUCCACGUGAACCACUCUUACCACCACAUGCAGCGCGGGGACCAGAACCUACUACCAGAAAAGGUGGGCAACUUCUGGUCUGUCAACAAGCGCAGCAGCUGGGAAGUCUUCGCCAACAUCCACCUGUCCCACGUGCACGGCUCGUGGUCGUCGCAGGAGGGCAUGGCGUGGCACGCGCCCUGGAAGCUCAUGCGCUGCGAUGAGCCUGCCUCCGCGCACCUCUGCCUGCUGCGCCGGGUCAAGCCGGGGUCGUGCCGGUGUGAGAGCUCCCCGUUUGUGCACAAAACACAGAGCGAGCCGAAGCUGCAGGGGAGGAAUAUCGUGUGCGGGGUGUAUAACACGGAAGGGAAGCCGGAUUUACCAGUGAUGAUGCCGCUGAAUACGGCCGCGCCGGUGGUGGGUUUGCCGCAUUUGUUGGAGCAGCUGCUGCCGCAGGUCGCCGAUUCAAGUGGCACGGUGACCAUGCUGGCAGCCACAUUUGACUCCAAGGAGGUCGUCGCUGAUUUCGUCUGCCGCGCCGCUCGCCUCGCCACGCGCAACAUCGUCGUCGCUGCUCUCGACGCCGCGGCCUACCGCUACCUCUUCCUUCAAGGCAUUGCCGUGUAUUACCAGAGCACGAAUCUCGACGGGUACUUUUUGCCUCCGGAGCAGAUGGAUAGUGGGAAGGGCAGUGGUGGCGGAGGGAGUGGGGGAGGCAUGUGGAAGGUGCUUCUGGGGAGGGUGGGCGCGGGGAAGGGGGCUGCGGUGGCGGCAGGGGCGGCGGGGGGAGGUGCGGGGGCGGCGCAGGGGGAGCGCGUGGUGGAGGGGACGAGGGAUUGCUUCCAUGGAUCGCUUUGCUUCUCGCGGUUCCUGCUGGCGAAGGUGACGGCGAUAGCAUCAGCACUGCACCUGGGAUUCAACGUCCUCUGGCUGGACACUGUCUUUGCACAAGAUCAACAGCAGCAAAGAAUAGGGGACGCAGGGGGGGGUGCAGUGACGAUGGCAGCGAUUAAAGCGCGUAUAGACGCCCUUAGGUUGACCUCGUACGACCCGCGGUCACGCGUGUGUGCGCGGGCUUGGACGGGGUCCUUCUUGCAAGCCAUGGCCACCGGGAAGAACCUAGAGAAGAAGAAAAAGGCCAAGAUGAGGAGUCGAGAAGGAGAGGCCGGGAACCUCUUCAAAUCUUCCCCCACCCAGAAAUAUGCUGCUGCGCGCAGUCCUUUCCGCCACCGCCAUUCUCCCCGCGUGUACGCGCUCCGCAGCGCCAUCGCAGCCUCGACCCCUUCCGCGUCCUUCUCUUUCGUUUCCGCUCCCGCGCUCAGACCGCGUUCCACUCUCCCGCCAUUGAUUUCUUCCGCUCUUGCGACCGAAGCUUGUUCCGCUCUCCCAUCGCGGACCGCAACCGCGGGGGGCUGUUCCGCUCUCCCGUUGUGGACCGCAACAGCAGGGGUUCGGGCUAUGGCGAGCAAAGCCAAGAAGAAGAAGCAACCAGCAGGGGGCGACGGUGGGGGAGGGAACGCUGCGGCGAAGGGAGGAAGUGGCGGAGGGGACGCGGAGCUUCCGGGAUUUCUGCGCGUGACGGCGAGCGGUGCUGUGUCUGUGGCGAUUCACGCCAAACCAGGGUCGAAACAGGCUGCUGUGAUGAGUCUGACUGGAGACGCAGUGGGUGUGGCCAUUGAUGCUCCUGCAAGGGAAGGCGAGGCGAAUGCGGCUCUUCUAGAGUUCAUGGCUGAUGUGCUGGGAGUACGCAAGAGGCAAGUAAGUCUGCAAAUAGGUUCAAAGUCUCGAGGGAAGGUAGUGGUUGUGGAGGGUGUAUCUUCUCAGGAGGUGCUAUCUGCCCUCCAAAGAGCAGUGAAACCCAGUGCGUGA